CAUAAUAUUCACAAUUAUAUUUUCCAAAAGAUGGGGUUGAAGUUUUCAAGGCAAGUGCCCGCUGGGAAGUUUGAAAGCUUAACCCUACAGCACAAACUGAUCAAUUGUCUGAGUAAAAGCCUUUACAUACGUAACUUGGUGUCGAAGCAACGGAGGCGAAUGCUUGUCGCUGGUUAUGAUCUCGACAUGACUUACAUAACGGAUCGCAUUUUGGCAAUGUCAUUCCCUUCAGAACGAAUGCGGGCAAUGUAUCGUAAUCCUCUUUGGCAGGUCAAGUCUGUGCUUGAUAUGAGACAUCAAGAUCAUUACAAGAUCUAUAACCUUUGCAUCGAAGAAAGUUAUGACCCGUCUCAUUUUCAUGGUCGUGUGGAGAGGUUUCCGUUUGAUGACAAUCAUGUUCCACAUCUAGAAAUGAUCAAGCUCUUCUGUGAAAGUGUUGAUUCAUGGCUAUCACAGGAUCCGAAAAACAUUGCCGUUAUACACUGCAUGGCAGGCAAAGGUCGAACGGGUUUAAUGGUAUGUGCUUACCUAGUCUACUGUGGGAUGCCAGCAGAGGAAGCUCUUCUGUUGUAUGCUCAAAGGCGGACCAUCAAUAAUGAAGGAGUCUCAAUACCAAGUCAACGCCGUUAUGUAGGAUACUGGUCGAACUGUCUCUCUUUUCCUCGCGGAGUUGAAGAUGCACCACCCGAUGUGAACUUGCCUCAGCAAUGUAGCAGAGAACUGAGGAGAAUCCGAUUUUAUGACACGGUUAACAUUGAGAAAAUCUUUUUUGUGGUGUCGGAGUUGCAAGAGAUUUCCGGCCAGGUUUAUCGUCCGUCACUCGAAGUUUCUAGGAGUUCCUGCAAACAAAUCAGGAAAGGAUGUCAGAGGACGAGUAGUCCACGAUACUAUCUCUCAUUCAUUGAAGGCGAUGAGGAAGAUAAGAAAUCAGAAUCGGAUGAGCCUCAUGUUGUAGUCCAAAUGGAUACAGAAAGCUCGGCACUUUACCAGAAGGCCUGUCUUGAAUAUUACUUCGAUAAGCCUGUGCAGGUAACUGGAGAUGUGCGAGUCAUUUUCUAUCAAAAAAUGUAUGGAAGUCGCCUCUUCUAUGCUUGCUUCAACACGGCUUUCAUCAGGAACAGCUUGCUACAGCUCACUGUUCGGGAUUUGGAUAAAGUUGGAAAAAAAGGGAGAUCGGUAUGCGGCCCUGCCUUCUGCUUAGAGCUACUAUUUGGUCCUAUCAAUGCAAGACCCUCAUUCAUAACUCCAUCGGAUCAUCAUGAAUUGCUGUAAAAUCUUAACCUGGAAUCGUUCAAGGAGAUUAAACGGGCGGUUUAUGACGCCUAUUGAUCAAAUGAAUUUCGCCUCUGUAAUUUUGUCGACACAAACUGAUCGACAUGAUAAACCCUGCAGUUUUGCAACUUUAACAGUAUAUGUAUACAAAAUCAAGUUCCUCCUGCAUCCUUGCCAUCUAAUUUUUCACCGGCAGAAAGCAGUUGCGAUUUGAAAGAGCAAGUUCUGUAUCAUAGUACGAUCCAGAGCCUUUUGCAGAUGUUGAUGUAUUAUUUACCUUGAAAUUUUGA